AUGCUCACCAACGUAUUUUUUACUCUCAUCUUCUCUUUUUCCAUUGCAGCUUCAAUUGUCGGUUUACUCUUUUGUUCUAUAAUUUUCUUCGUUAUUAUUAGUUAUCAUCCAUGCCAUACUGCUACUAAUCUUCUUCUGUUGAAUACGUGUGUUGCAAUUAUAAUCUUUUAUAUCAGUACCAUUAUCGGAUCUGUACUUGGCUUCGAUGAAGAUUGGACACUCAAUCAACCAGCUGGUAUCUUUAAUGCUUACUGCUUUCUAGCAUCUUGUAGCUUAAUUUGCUGUUCCUAUAUGUUACAGGCGAUUAAUCGUCUCUGUUGCACUGUAUUUUUCAAACAUAAGCAUUUAGUCACUAUUCAAGUUACUUGGUAUUUGAUUGCUUUGUACUGGAUUAUGGGUCUUCUAUUUGCUAUUGAACCAUUAUUUUUCAAGAAUGGUUUUAUCUACGAAAGAGAGUCACGUCUUUGUGUUCGUAAUGCAAAAGUGGUGUCUAUAUCGAUAUUUAGCACUUUCGUCGGCUUUGGCAUCCCUCUGAAUUUAUCUAUUUUGAUCUACGCUACGAUUUGGUAUCGUGUCCUUCAAUCAUCACGCCGCGUUGGAUCUGUAAUUGCAGAGAACGCAAAUUAUAAUAUGCCCAAGGCUAGAUGUCAAAUGAAGUUAGUUAGAAAUAUGAUUAUUGUGAUAGGCAGUUUUGCUGGUGGAGAUUCACUAGCCUUGGUUCUUGUUCUUUGGCAUGCUAUUAAGAUCAAUCGUCCACUGCCAGAGCCAUUGUAUUUGAUAUCUAAACCUGACAUAACAGUUUGUGUGAUUCUGAUGAUUAUCACACUGUUUUUUAUGAACACACAGGUGAAGAAUGCUGCUUUCGUGUAUCUAAAAUGCAACAUUCGACAUAUUUAUCCAGUAACCAUUACUAUGAAAGGCAUUGCCAGUUGCUAG